GCGCCGAGUCGACAUGGAAACAACAAGCAGCGAUGAUAAACCCCAGGAACAGCAGACAGAUGAGGGGAUGGAGGCGGACAGGUCCAUGUCAAGGUCUGACAGUGGAAGUGGAGAUGAUUCCCUUGAUGGCCUCUCAAACCAUGUCCCUCGGUGCCCUUUGACCCCAUCUUUAUCGCCACGAAAACGGACCACGAGCCAGUCCAAGACAGAGCCACCACUGCUGAGGACGAACAAACGGACCAUCUACACUGCUGGCAGACCACCUUGGUACAAUGUCACAGGGACCACCUUCAAAGAGGCCUUUGUUAUUGGUCUGUGCGGAGGAAGUGCUUCUGGUAAAACCACAGUAGCCAAUAAGAUAAUUGAAGCGCUGGACGUUCCCUGGGUGGUUCUGCUCUCCAUGGACUCCUUCUACAAGGUUUUAAAUAAAGAAGAGCAGGAGCUGGCGGCCAAAAAUGAGUAUAACUUUGACCAUCCCGAUGCCUUCGACUUUGAGCUGCUGGUCACUGUCCUCAGGAAGCUGAAGAAAGGAAAAAGCAUCAAAGUCCCGGUGUACGACUUCACAUCUCACUGCAGACGCAAAGAAUGGAAAACAGUGUACGGGGCCAAUGUUGUCAUCUUUGAGGGCAUCCUGGCGUUUGCAAACAAGGAGCUGCUGAAGCUGCUGGACAUGAAGGUGUUUGUGGACACAGAUUCUGACAUCCGCCUGAUACGGAGGCUGAAGAGGGACAUCUCACAGCGUGGGCGGGACAUCAGUGGCAUCAUCAAACAGUACAAUAAGUUUGUAAAGCCAGCGUUCGAGCAGUACAUCGAGCCCACUGUGCAGUCUGCUGACAUUGUGGUGCCCAGAGGUGGAGAAAACUUUGUAGCACUGGAUUUGAUUGUUCAGCAUGUUCACAGUCAGCUGGAGAAGAGGAAGCUCCGCUGGGAUAUAUCGGCUUUGGCCUCGGCUCACCAGGGUCAGCCCUUACCCAAAACCCUCAGUGUGAUGGAGAGUACGCCACAGGUCCGCGGCAUGCACACCAUCAUCAGGAACAAGGAGACUAACCGAGAUGAGUUUAUCUUCUACUCCAAGAGAUUAAUGAGGCUUCUGAUAGAGCAUGCCCUCUCCUUCCUGCCCCUCAAGCCAGUAUCUGUGGAAACGCCUCAGGGAGGCAUCUAUAAUGGCAAGAGGCUGAGCGGUAAAAGAAUCACAGGCGUUUCCAUCCUGAGAGCAGGAGAGACGAUGGAGCAGGCUCUGAUGGCUGUGUGCAAAGACAUCAGGCUGGGAAAGAUCCUCAUCCAGACAAACCAUGACACAGGUGAACCAGAGCUUCACUACCUUCGUCUGCCCAAAGACAUCAGUGAAGACUAUGUCAUCCUGAUGGACAGCACAGUUUCCACCGGAGCUGCUGCUCUCAUGGCUGUCAGAGUGCUGCUAGACCACGAUGUAGCAGAAGAUAAGAUCUUCCUGUUGUCCCUGCUGAUGGCAGAGAUGGGUGUCCACUCAGUGGCCUACGCCUUCCCUAAAGUCCGCAUCAUCACCACCGCCGUGGACAAGGAGGUCAAUGACCAGUUCCACAUCAUACCAGGCAUCGGUAAUUUUGGAGAUCGUUACUUUGGCACCGACGCUCCAUCAGACUGGUGCGAGAGUGAUGAAGGGAUGGACUUCUGAAUAGAGAGCCUAUCAGGGACGUGGAGCGUUGUUACAGAAGCACUUACAGCCAUGAAAACCCUGAAGAGACUCUCCUUCAUCCCUCGCUGCUCAUCUGCUCCAUCGACAUCCUCCAGACCAGGGAGGUGAUGCUUUAAUAAACUGCUUCCUGUUCUGAACAGAGUUCACUGUUGGGUCAGCGCGAUUACUGACAAUGUCAGUGAGAGCUCAGCAGAGAUUUCCAUCUGUGCCAUUCCCCAUUCGAGUUUACAGCCAGUUUUAAAGGAGUCAAAGUGUUGGUCAGCUUUGGCACCUUCUCACUCAGUUGUAUUAAUUCCACUGCAAUCUCAAAAGGAGUGUACUGCAAUGGCCACCAAUUUAAGCUGCAUGUUGAGAGAGAAAACUGCUCAAUUAUCAUGUAAAUAUUGUUGAGUCAUGUGUUUUUGUUGCUGAAGCGUUGAGGUUUGAAUUCACGUACUGUCAGUUUACUGGAAGGGCCUUAAAAUUUUCAAGUUUCUUUCGGGAUUUUUGCACAGUGAGUGUCUCUGCCUUUAAAUAUUGUAAAUAAAUCAUUGGUAAAAGUUAGCUGGGAAGAUUUGGCUAGAGCUAGGCUCAGUUUUAAUCCUCAAUUUUAACAGCAGUUACGAAAAAAUGUAAUUCAUAGUGUCAAAUCGAUCCGUCGAUACACUGCUACGUGUUUAAUCGGUAAUUAUCUAAUCAUUUGUUUUGCACAAAGAAACGACAAACAUGAAAUUACAUCUCAACCUUUAUGUCUAGUCUCUAUCACAAGUAUUGGAUGUUUAGGGGAGGAAAUUUCCAGAGUUAGAUGUAACUUAAUUUGCCCACGUAGCAGUGUUGUGUAAUUUUAGCUCGAAGCUUUCAGUAAGAAUUAUUGGUGUAUUGCAGCUUUGCUCGGCUGAUGAAGCUCCAGCUGUCCGUACUGUAUAAUGGUAUUAUCUCAGGCAACUUUCACUGAAAGAAACAAGGAGUCAUACUUGAACAAGAAGACUGACUGACGGAUGAUUAGAGGAAACAAGCAUAUAUUGUUUUAUCUGUUAGAUUUUGUUUUUAUCUCACUGUUUACCACAAUAAUAACACAGAGCCAUUGUGUCCGUUCAAGUAAAACUUACAUUCAUAGGAAGCAAAUAAGAGGCAAAUAUUUAAAUUUUAACAGCAACUGAAUACCUAAUAUUGCAAUUUUAAACACCACUGAAUUGAGAGCAUUGAAAUAUUUUACCCUAAAAACCAUUUAUCUGAAUUAAUUUGUUCAAAAUUUACUUUUUUUUUUUUUUUAAUUAUAAUGAUAUAUAUUUUUAUUUUUUUAAUUUCCCAAUGUUUACAAAUUAAGAUCCAAAAAUUCAAGUUCCAUAAUUUCAAAAAAUAGAGUCAGGUUUUUUAAAUUUGAUGGAUAAAAUUUAGAACUAAAAAUUUUGAUUGAAAAAAAUUUAAAUAAAACAUCAGUCAAAUCCAAUUGGUCAAAACAUUCAGGCUCGAUUGCCUGUAUGCUUGGUAUCUGAGAUGUUGCUAUUUUAAUUUUUUUAACUUGAAUCUUUAGAUUUGAAUUUCACCAGUUGAGUUUGAGCAUGCAGAUUUUUUUUCACCAUAAAGUAUUCAGCAUCUGUUAAAGUUCAGUUACUUAUGUCUCUUAUUUGCUUCCAUAUAUUUUUAACGUGCUCAGAAAAAGUGUCAUUCCUUUAAUUUCUUUUUAUUUUCCAUGAGUUGAAAAAAAAAAAACCUGUCACAUCACAAAACAUUAUAUCACUUAGCUUUAGCUGCUAAUUAAUUCAACGUAUAGCUUUGUAUUGCGUUGCUUGUCAGACUUUGUGUAGAAAGCGCAAGUGUAACGCUCUGUCACUUUCAAUAGCUUGUCAGCAAUAUCAUAAAUGUUCAUAUAUGGGCUGAUAAAAUUUUAACUGACCAGGAGACCAAAUGACACCAAGUGUUACUGCUAGUGGUCUAAUGUCAUGAUUUGUAAACAACUACAGCACUUGUGUUAGCAUAAGUUAGGUAUAUUCAAAUUAACUUAAAGGCCCAGCUCCCCCCCCCCCCCCCAUAUAUAGAGAAACUGGCUCAUAUGGGACACUUACGUGUUGUGGUAAUUUUGUUUGCCGCCCCUUUUUUUAUGUUUUUAUUUAUUAAUUAUAUUGUUUGCAGGGAUUCUACAUCUUCACAUAAUUGUUUUGCAUUACUUUGCGGCCAUUUAUCCAAGUUACAUAAACUAUAUUUUGUUGUUUUAAUGUUUAUAACACUGAAGUUCUGCAGACGCAGUCACUGUCCAGAUCAUAUCAGGUUCAUUUUGACAACAGGCCUCAUGCUCUUGACAAUUUAAAAUUAUGACUGCAUUCUUUUCAGGUGCUCCAGUGCUACGUGCUAGUGUGUAUGCUGUCUUUACUGACACACAGUGAUCAAAGAAGUACCCAAAUCUUUUGCUAUGAGUAAAAGAAUAGUAGUAGUGGUAGAAGUACUCCAUCCUGCAUCUAAAAUAUCUAAAAUAACAAAAACAUAAGCAUCAAAAUACAUUCAAAGUACCGAAAGGAAAACGGAUAAUGAUGCAGAAUGGCCUGUGUCAGAAUAAUAUAAAUUACAGACUUAUAAUUAGUGAUGCAACAAUGUGUUCAUCACUUUAUUGUUGCAGCUGCCCAGUAGUUUAAUCGUUAUUAAUACAUCAGUUAUUAGUGUCUUUAUAUUUUGGAGUAAAAAGUACAACAUUGGCCUCCAAAAUGUAGAGAAGUGGAAGCAUAAAGUAUCAUAAAGAAUUAAAGGUCAAGUACCUCAAAUUCCUAUUUAAGUGCAGUACUUGAGUAAAUGUACUUAGUUUUAUCCCACCACUGCUGACACAGCUAGUUGGAACCAGUCAUUUAUCAAUGGUGUUAGUUACACCUGUGCUUUUGUCAAAUGUCCACCAAGAGAAAGGUUUACGUCCAGCUGUAUUUGAGAGCACAUUACAAUUACGAUAACAUUAUCUACUGUCACUUUGAUCUGUACUGUAUGGCACAAUAUAUUUUUAUGUGGAAGCUUGAAACCUCACAUUAAUUACUUACUGUACAUGAAACUGUUUUAGUGUGCGACGGAUGAAUUGUUUGCACACUGGAUAUUUGUCAUGGCAGUAAAAGCACAGGUGUAACUGUUAACGCUAAUAAUGACUCAGUUCACUUUAGGCCCCAAAGUAAGCCAUGCACCAGUACACCUGAAUGGGAUGCAACCAUGAUUAAUGUUACUAGUUACACCAGUGUGUUGGCACGUGAACAUGUGCUUUGUGAGAAAGAUUUCUUGGUUUCCUUUAGUUUUGUUUUCACAAUUUCCAUUUCACUUGUACAGAAUAAAAAUAUUAACUUGAAAGAA